AUGGCAGAGAAACGCUCCAACCUUCCCAAGAAGGUGGAAGAAUGCGCUGGUGGUGCCCCACCACAGCAAGGUAAUGAGAUGGAGCAGCUCCAGCUGCUGCAGAAGGAUGCAGGGAGGGACCCGACAAAAGAGCAGAACUCUGCGCGUAGCAGCUGGUGCUUUAUAGGCCAGAUGUUUACGAACAAAGGCGCUUGGUGUCGAGACAUGAUCACCAUGUUGACCAAGCGUGAGGCAAAGCCUGACCCCGCACCCACUCAGAGCAUAGCUCCUGCUCCCAGCAUGGAUUCUUUUGGAGACAGGAUUGUCUCCAGUCCAGAUCAAGUGCCAGGUUUUGUUAGGUACACGCAUCAGAGGCUCAUGUCCAGUGAGGCUCCAGACGACAGGCUGUUCAUGGACAUCCUGAGGCUGACUGAUGCCCACCCCACUGAUGUGGCAGUGACCCUCCUGCGCUGUGCCCCAUCGUGUGAUAGAGGUGCUGCAAGCAUGUGGAAAACCAUAGCAUCAUCAGGAACAACACUGGACAAGGUGCUGCCAUCACUGCUCUCUGUGCUGGAGGGCUGGCCACAGCAGAGAAUGUACACCUCAGAUGGAGACAAUACGGAUGUAUUUUCCCUGGCUGCAACCAGGGUGGUUUGGGAGAUUCUCCGCCUGCCCUGGUGCCCAGAGCCGUUUAUGGAAUAUUCCCCCCAUCUCGUCGUGGCUCUGCUCUUCCAAGUUUUUAUCAGUACAGAGCAGGUGCCAGAGGAGGUUGAUAAUUUCUGGAGGACAUGUCAGGAGGAACACGGCCUUUCCACGAGCAUCAACAGGUUUGCAAUGCAGACUUUAAGGGCGCUGUUCCACCAUCUGCAGUGUGUGCAUUUAGUGGUUGCAAUGGAACGCAAGUGUGGUUGGGACACCCUUCUCUGUGUUGACACCCACCACUAUGCUGUGGGUCUGCUGGCCAGAGAGAUGCGCCGUGUCUCCAUCCCCUUGUGUUCGUGCAUUGCACUCCGCCUGCUCAGGCUGCUCAACCAGGAGGAACCACGCUGGGAACUUGCUGCUAUGGCGUUCCUUGUGGAGGUCCUGGAGUGCCUGGACUUGAAUGAACGGGGUGAAAACCUCCUGGAGAUCAUGACAAAGCACCUGAAGAGCGAGUCCAAGGAGGAGUGUCACCUGGCACUCAGAGGCCUCGUGGUGCUCAGCCAAGAUCCCUUGAUGACCAAAAAAAUGUGCAGCCUGUCUGCAAGCUUGGUGCAGCUAUUGAAGAAUGCAGAUGGAGAGGACAUCAGGUUGACCCUCACUGUGUUCAAGAACAUGCUCCUGAAAAAAGAUAUUCUAGUAUCCAGCCCCACGGCCCUGAAACUGGCUGAGGCUCUCCGGCCCCUCUUUGACAAUGACAACAGCCACAUACAGCUGCUCUCCAUUCAACUCUACCAAGAAGUGAUGGAAUUGGUAGUGGAAGAGGGAAAAAAGCCCUUGAAGGUGUUGGUGAGCGACAGCCUGCUGCCGCUCUUCUUCUAUUGCCAUAGUGAGAACAGGCGUGUGGCAGAGUCUGCUCGGGAAACACUGCUUGCAGCACUAAGCUUCCUGAAUAGGAAGGAUCUCGAGCACCUGCUAAAGACAGAGGACCCAUGGAGCUUUGGCGAGCGUGUGCUGGCAGAGGACAGGAGCCAAGCGGGCAAGCACCUGCGGCAGGCUCUGCCAUACCUGGAGAGCCCAGAGGAGCCCGUGCGAGAGGCAGCCAUCAGGUCCAUUGGGAUUGCCAGCAUGCUGAUGAAGGGGCAGCAGGAAGAGCUGGAGAUCAUCUGUGAGGCCCUUCAAGCCCUUAGCCAAGAUGAGAGCCCCUCCAAGAGAAAUCUGAUAGUUCAAGUCAUGUUGGAUGAAAGAGCUGCAUCCUUAAAUUCAUCUUCUGCAUCAAGACAACCAGGACAGCACCAGAUCCCAAGCAAGAGGAGACAACCCGGAGCUCCAGGCACAGCUGAUGCUGGGCACUCCUGAGCUUGCCUGGAAGCUUGGGUAGCUCCUGGCCUCCUUCCCUCUUUACUGAUCCCUCCCUCCAGCCCUCAGACCCUGCCCGUUCCCUUCUUCUCCUCCCAGCU